AUGGCGCUCUCCACCAGCGCAGUGACGAGGGCGCUGAGAGCUUCGAGAAGCAGUAUCACCUACAACGCCAUACGCACAUAUGCCACAGCAGAGCCUGAUCUCAAGGCAACGCUCAAAGAAGUCAUACCCGAGAAGCGGGAGCUCUUCAAGAAAGUUCGUUCUCACGCAGACAAGAAGAUUGGCGAUGUCAAGAUCGAGAACACGAUCGGCGGCAUGCGUGGCCUCAAGGCUAUGGUAUGGGAAGGCUCCGUGCUAGACGCCAACGAAGGCAUCCGUUUUCACGGCCGCACAAUCAAGGAAUGCCAGAAAGAGCUCCCCAAAGGCACGAGCGGGACGGAGAUGCUGCCCGAGUCCAUGUUCUGGCUACUACUCACGGGCAAAGUGCCCAGCGUGAACCAAGUACGAGCGUUCAGCAAAGAGCUGGCGCAAAAGUCCAGCAUACCCGCUUUCAUAGAAAAGAUGCUUGACGACUUUCCUACCGACCUGCAUCCCAUGACUCAGUUUGCUUGCGCCGUAUCCGCGCUCAACUACGAGUCCGUCUUCGCGAAGAUGUACGAGAAGGGCAUGAACAAGGCCGAUUACUGGGAACCGACCUUCGACGACUGCAUCAGCCUGCUCGCCAAGCUUCCCACCAUCGCUGCCAAGAUCUACCAGAAUGCGUACCGUGGCGGUGGAGCCCUCCCAGCCCAGGUAGAUGAGAGCCAAGACUGGUCCUACAACUUCGCCGCCAUGCUCGGAAAAGGCGGCAGCGAGAACGAAGGCUUCCAGGACCUGCUCCGCCUUUACCUUGCCCUACAUGGCGACCACGAGGGUGGCAACGUCUCGGCACAUGCCACUCACCUCGUGGGCUCCGCACUGAGCGACCCUUUCCUCUCCUACUCUGCCGGUCUGCAAGGCCUUGCCGGCCCCCUGCACGGCCUCGCCGCGCAAGAAGUGCUACGCUGGAUCCUGCAGAUGCAAGAAACUGUUGGCACGCAAUUCAGCGACCAGGAUGUCAAGGACUACCUAUGGAGCACGCUAAAGUCCGGCCGCGUAAUCCCAGGGUACGGUCACGCUGUCCUGCGCAAACCUGACCCACGCUUCGAGGCCCUUAUGGACUUCGCCUCUGCCCGGCCGGAGAUUGCACAAGAUCCUGUCUUCCAACUUGUCAAGAAGAACAGCGAAAUUGCGCCCGCAGUCUUGACCGAGCAUGGCAAGACGAAGAAUCCGUUCCCCAAUGUAGACUCGAGCUCUGGCGUGCUUUUCCACCACUACGGCUUCAAGGAAACAUUGUACUAUACCGCCACCUUCGGCGUAUCGAGAGGUCUCGGUCCGCUUGCGCAGCUAAUCUGGGACCGUGCGCUGGGUCUGCCGAUUGAGCGGCCCAAGAGCAUUAACUUGCAGGGACUACUUGAUGCGGCGGAAAAGGCAUGA